AGGCGGCACCGCGGCGCCCAGCUUUCAUUUAGGGAGCAGCCUCGGGAACACCGUGCGCUGUGCCCCAGCUGAAAUCGAAGGCCCGCGGCGAGAUGAGCCGGGCGCCGGCGUUCCUGAGCGCCGCCGAGGUGCUGGAGCACCUCCGCAGCUCCAGCCUCCUCAUCCCGCCUUUGGAGGCGGCUCUGGCCAACUUCUCCAGCGGCCCCGACGGAGGCGUCAUGCAGCCGGUGCGCACCGUGGUGCCGGUGGCCAAGCACAGGGGCUUCCUGGGGGUCAUGCCUGCCUACAGUGCUGCAGAAGACGCCCUGACCACCAAGUUGGUCACCUUCUACGAGGGCCACAGCACCAUCUCCAUGGUGCCCUCCCACCAGGCCACUGUGCUGCUCUUUGAGCCCAGCAAUGGCUCCCUUCUGGCGGUCAUGGAUGGAAAUGUCAUCACCGCAAAAAGAACAGCUGCAGUAUCUGCCAUCGCCACUAAGUUUUUGAAACCACCCAGCAGUGAAGUGUUGUGCAUCCUUGGGGCUGGGGUCCAGGCCUAUAGCCACUACGAGGUCUUCACAGAACAGUUCUCCUUCAAAGAGGUGAGGAUAUGGAACCGCACCAAAGAACAUGCAGAGAAGUUUGCAGACACAGUUCAAGGAGAGGUACAGGUCUGUUCGUCGGUCCAGGAGGCGGUGACAGGUGCAGAUGUGAUCAUCACAGUCACCAUGGCAACAGAGCCCAUUUUGUUUGGUGAAUGGGUGAAGCCGGGGGCUCACAUCAAUGCCAUUGGAGCGAGCAGACCCGACUGGAGAGAGCUGGAUGACGAGCUGAUGAAACAGGCUGUGCUGUAUGUGGAUUCCCAAGAGGCUGCCCUGAAAGAGUCUGGAGAUGUCCUCCUGUCAGGGGCUGAGAUCUUUGCUGAGCUGGGAGAAGUGGUGAGGGGAGUCAAGCCAGCGCACUGCGACAAGACCACGGUGUUCAAGUCUUUAGGAAUGGCGGUGGAAGACCUGGUUGCAGCCAAACUAGUGUACGAUUCCUGGUCAUCUGGCAAAUGAAACGAAGGAACUUUGCGUGGAGGUAGAUGCAACAGCUCAAGGGAUGUUGUUACCAGCUCCCUUGCAAUUUCUAGAUCAAAUGAGGGAACCCGAGGUACAGUGAGCUAUAGUUUUGAGCUUAUCGUGUCUUACCUUAAAUAAUGAGAUCCCCAUUUGUGUGUGUAGUUGGAAAGCAAAAUUAGGUGGCCAUUUCUUCUGUUACACCAGAUUAUAGUGAUGCUCUGUUGCCCCCCGUAUUUCACUGCAUUUUGUAAUUCCUUGAAAUAAAGCAUUUUCCAAGUC